UUCCUGUCUACGUUUCAUUUCCUGGGGGCUUGCCAAGUGAUAAACAGACCCAGGCGUGUGUGGUAGAUUUGGGUUUUUUUAGCACGAAGUGGGUGGCUGGGGUUUGCUUGAAAACAUCAAUUGACUUAGUGAUCAUUACGGAAAUGCUGGUGUAAGGUGUUCAGAAGACAAUGGAGAAAAAAUGGAAAUACUGUGCUGUCUAUUACAUCAUCCAGAUACAUUUCGUCAAGGGAGUUUGGGGAAAACCAGUCAACACAGAAGAAAACAUUUAUGCUACACUUGGCUCUGAUGUCAACCUGACCUGCCAAACACAGGCGAAAGGCUUCUUGGUGCAGAUGCAAUGGUCCAAGGUCACCGAUAAGGCAGACCUGAUUGCUCUUUAUCAUCCCCAAUACGGCUUCCACUGUGCCUAUGGGAGUCCCUGUGAGUCACUGGUGACCUUCACACAGACUCCUGAGAAUGGGUCAAAAUGGACUCUGCACUUAAGGAAUAUGUCUUCUUCCGUCAGUGGAAGGUACGAGUGUAUGCUUACUCUGUAUCCAGAGGGCAUGCAGACUAAAAUCUACAACCUUCUCAUUCAGACACACGUUACACCAGAUGAGUGGAAAAGCAACCAUACAAUAGAAAUAGAGAUAAAUCAGACUCUGGAAAUACCAUGCUUUCGAAAUAGCUCCUCAGAAAUUUCAUCUGAGUUCACCUAUGCAUGGUUGGUGGAGGAUAAUGGAACUCAGCAAACACUUAUCUCCCAAGAUCACCUCAUCAGCAGUUCCACAUUACUUAAAGAUAGAGUCAAGGUUGGUACAGACUACAGACUCCACCUCUCUCCAGUCCAAAUCUUCGAUGAUGGGCGGAAGUUCUCUUGCCACAUUAGAGUCGGUCCUGACAAAAUCUUGAGGAGCUCCACCACAAUCAAGGUUUUUGCUAAACCGGAAAUCCCCAUGAUUGUGGAAAAUAACUCCACGGAUGUCUUGGUAGAGAGAACAUUUACCUGCUUACUAAAGAAUGUAUUCCCCAAAGCAAAUAUCAUAUGGCUUAUAGAUGGAAGUUUUCUUCAUGAUGAAAAAGAAGGAAUAUAUAUUACUAAUGAAGAGAGAAAAGGCAAAGAUGGAUUUCUGGAACUGAAGUCUGUUUUAACAAGGGUACAUAGUGAUAAACCAGCCCAAUCAGACAACUUGACCAUUUGGUGUAUGGCUCUGUCUCCAGUCCCAGGAAAUAAAGUGUGGAACAUCUCAUCAGAAAAGAUCACUUUUCUCUUAGGUUCUGAAAUGUCCACAACAGACCCUCCACCGAGUGUUACAGAAUCCACCCUUGACACCCAACCUUCUCCAGCCAGCAGUGUAUCUCCUACAAGAUAUCCAGCUACGUCUUCGGUGACCCUUGCAGAUGUGAGUGCCUUGAGGCCAAACACUACUCCUCAACCCAGCAGUUCCAGUGUGACUACCCGAGACUUCAACUACCCCUGGACCUCCAGUGGGACAGAUGCCAAAAAAUCAUUUUCACAGAUACCCAGUGAAACAUACAGUUCAUCCCCCUCGGGCGCAGGCUCAGCACUUCAUGACAAUGUCUUUACCAGCACAACCAGAGCAUUUUCAGAAGUCCCCACAACUGCCAAUGGAUCUAUGAAAACUAAUCACGUCCAUAUCACUGGUAUUGUGGUCAGUAAGCCCAAAGAUGGAAUGUCCUGGCCAGUGAUUGUAGCAGCUUUACUGUUUUGCUGCAUGAUAUUGUUUGGUCUUGGAGUGAGAAAAUGGUGUCAAUACCAAAAAGAAAUCAUGGAAAGACCUCCACCUUUCAAGCCACCACCCCCUCCUAUCAAGUACACUUGCAUUCAAGAGCCCAACGAAAGUGAUCCGCCUUAUCAUGAGAUGGAGACCCUCUAGUCUCGUGAGACUUUGCCCCAUGGCAGAACUCUGCUGGAAUCCUAUUGAGAAGGUAUUGGCUGGGAUCCACCAAAACUUCAAUCAAUUUUCCUUUCUUAAGGAGAUAAAUGGAGCCCUUUGAUUUUCCCAAAACUCCAGGGCAAACUUAUCCUCUCACCAUUAAAUCAUUUCAUAUCAAAGGAAACUAAGCUGUGUUUCUCCAGAUUUCACCCAAGAGAGAGAGACUUUCAUUCCUCCCUCAAACCCUUGGGCAGUGUUUUUUGUUGCUACUUUAGUAGAAACUACGGAAACAGUUCCAGUUUACAGCAGUCUCUGCAGCAAGAUCCCACACAUGUGGCAGAACUGGGCGGACUCCUGCCCAACAUUCCUACUGGGGGCUCUCGACACAGGAGCAGGGGCAGGAAGAAGGCUCAGCAAUCACUUCUGCAGAACUUUCCCCUACAGAACUUUUACCCAUUACCCCAAAUUUUGGGUACACAGCUUGACCA